GUCAAAGAAAGCAUCUUCGUCUUGUUUUCUCUCUCUGAGGCUCUCACCAUUCAACUCAUACAGAGUGUGACACUCUUUCUGUUCCGUGGAAGACCCACACAAAGGAACGCAGAGGGAAGAGGAGCUCUCACAUCACUUGUGCAAUUUUUCAUCAAAAAGCCCAGAUAAAGAAGAAGUAGAAUUGGAAAAUACUUCUAAGCUUUGCUAGAGAGAAUUGCAAUGAAUAAAGGAGCUUUGGCCCCUAAGCUCAAACUCUCUCUCCCUCCUCCUGAUGAAGUUGCUCUCUCCAAAUUCCUGACACAAUCAGGAACAUUUAAGGAUGGAGAUCUGCUGGUGAACAAGGAUGGAAUUCGGGUUAUUUCAGAUAAUCAUGUUGAAACUUCUACAGUUAUAAAGCCAACUGAUAACCAGUUAAGCCUAGCAGACUUUGAAUAUGUUAAAGUUAUUGGAAAGGGAAAUGGCGGUGUUGUGCGGCUUGUUCAACAUAAGUGGACAGCGCAAUUUUUCGCUCUCAAGGUUAUUCAAAUGAAUAUUGAAGAGUCUAUUCGUAGGCAUAUAGCGCAGGAACUGAGAAUUAACCAAUCAUCGCAAUGCCCUUAUGUUGUAAUAUGUUACGAAGCAUUUUUUGAUAAUGGUGCCAUCUCCUUAAUCUUGGAGUACAUGGAUGGCGGAUCUCUUCAGGAUUUCUUGAAAAUAGUCAAAAGAAUUCCGGAACCAUAUCUUGCUGCUAUCUGCAAGCAGGUACUCAAGGGCUUGUGGUAUCUCCAUCAUGAAAAACAUAUCAUUCACAGAGACUUGAAGCCUUCAAAUUUGCUGAUAAACCAUAGAGGUGAUGUCAAGAUAACUGAUUUCGGUGUUAGUGUAGUACUAACAAGCACAUCUGGAGCGGCCAAUACCUUUGUUGGCACCUACAAUUAUAUGUCUCCAGAGAGAAUUGAAGGAGGCAGCCACGGGUAUAGAAGUGAUAUCUGGAGCUUGGGUUUAGUUCUGCUCGAGUGUGCAACGGGUGAUUUCCCAUAUACCCCACCACGGCCAGAGGAAGGAUGGGAUAAUGUUUAUGAGCUUAUGGAAACCAUAGUUGAUCAACCAGAGCCUUAUGCACCUCCAGAUCAAUUCUCUCCAGAGUUCUGUUCUUUCAUCUCUAAAUGCGUGCAGAAGGACCCAAAAAAGAGACUGUCAGCAAAUGAAUUAAUGAGGCACCCAUUCAUCAGUAUGUACGAUCACCUGGAUAUUGAUCUUGCAUCUUACUUUACCGCUGUAAGGCCUCCACCUGCAACAUUUUGAGUUAUAAACGAACGGUUCUAUUCAACCUUUAGCGUGAAUCUCCUUCAUUUUCUCAUAAAGCAAUGAUUGUGUGGAUCUAACCGUGAUCAAGCUCACCGUGCAUUUCUGUCCUUAAUCGGCGACUCACCUACCUACCAUGGGAGACAUAAUUAAGAACAUGUUUCUGUUAGGAUGUGGGUUGUAUGAGAGUGUGGCAGUGAUUUUGAAGGAAUGCAAUGCAAUAGGAAGUUAUUGUUGGUUUUCUUGAUUGAAAAUUGUAAUAAUAGGAAGUUAUUGUUCGUUUUCUUCAUUGAAAAAUGUAUACUGCAAAAUUGAAAUAAAAAAUCUUAGUUCCAACUUGGAAAAA